AUGGUCUACACAUUCGGAAGCGUCUUGAAUAACGUCAACUCUUACUAUCAAGACAAGACAACAAAACUAAAGCAGUCGUUCUCACCAAACAGUAAGUCCAUUUUGUUGCACUGAGAUUAAAAGUAAACUGCCUUUGCUAUAAAUGCGAUACAGUCGAACGAUUUCUGUAGCUCAGAAACAAAUGUACUCUUAUCUACUGAUCUCCUUUUUCCUUUAGGAGCUCAAUCUCCCUCUCAAACAUCAGAUCUCGAGCCAUCUCCAACUUCAUCAUCAUCAAUGAACGGCAUUCCGCCAACGAAGCCAAAGCCGCAACCUCCAACAUUUAAUACACCGGCAUUUCCGCCUGCGCCGUUGUCUGCACCACCGCCACCUCCGCCAAGACCUUCGCCAGUCCCACCGUUAAAAAUUCAUACGGAUCGCCCUGAUUCAAUUGACAGCCGAAGGAAUUUGAACAUGUUCGAUGACUUGACCAAGGAUGGCGAACUUCAACGACUGACUGACCAGCUGAAUAGACUAAGACCCGUCGACGAGCCAGUACGACGGACAUCGGCCCCAAGUACGAUGACAACAGCGACCCCGGCCGCUCCAGGAAGUGUCGGGAACCGGCGGUACUCCGAGGAAUACAGGGACCGCAAUUACCGUUGGUUUUUUGUACUUAUUAUCAAAACUUUCAUGAAUAUCCUAACUGUCAAUUUACAGACAACGCGGUAACUCCGGCGCAAUUCCGGAUCAUAGGAAAACAAAUGAUUGAUUUCAUCGCGAAUUACAUGGAGAACGUCCACAACCGGCGAGUUGUGCCUUCUAUUGAGCCCGGCUAUCUUCGCGAGCUGUUGCCAGAGAAUCCACCAUCCCAACCCGAAUCCUACGACAAGGUAAUGCAGGACUUUGAAGCCUACAUUAUGCCCGGGGUAACACAUUGGCAACAUCCCAGAUUUCACGCCUAUUUUCCUGCGGCUAAUUCCUAUCCAGCACUGUUAGCGACAAUGUUGUCCGACGCCUUGGGGUGCGUUGGCUUUUCGUGGGCGGCCUGCCCGGCGAUGACUGAGUUGGAAACCAUUAUGCUGCAAUGGCUGGGAGAAAUGAUUGGUCUCCCUGAAGAGUUCCUACCCUUUACGGAAAACGGAAAGGGCGGUGGUGUUUUGCAAGGUAAAUUUCGCUUUUACCGUUUAUCCCUUACUUUCAACCGAGAUCUCGUUGAAUCCUUAUUAUUUAAAUUACAGGAUGUGCCAGCGAAUGCAACUUUGUCGCUUUGCUGGCUGCCAGAUUUGAGGUCAUGAAAGAGUUGCGACAACGGUUUCCUUUUGUAGAAGAGGGACUUCUCAUGAGUAAAUUGAUUGCUUACUGUUCAAAAGAAGCUCAUAGUUCGGUUGAGAAGGCGGCAAUGAUUGGAAUGGUGAAGCUACGAAUUCUGGAGACCGAUUCAAAAUAUCGCCUGCGAGGAGACACUCUUCAAGCGGCAAUUACAGUAGGUUUUGGCUGAUUUUUUAUGACAAAACACUACUUUUCAGGAAGACCGCAAUCUUGGGAUGAUUCCGUUUUUUGUUUCGACAACUCUCGGAACAACCUCUGUCUGCUCCUUCGACGUUCUAACUGAGAUUGGCCCGGUUUGUGCUGAAAAUGAUCUGUGGUUGCAUGUUGAUGCGGCCUAUGCGGGAUCAGCAAUGAUUUGUCCUGAAUUCCGCCAUUUAAUGAACGGAAUAGAGUAUGCCAUGUCGUUCAACACUAACCCAAAUAAAUGGAUGUUGGUAAACUUUGACUGCUCGACCAUGUGGGUCAAAGACCGCUUCAAGUUAACGCAAGCCUUUGUUGUCGAUCCGUUAUAUCUGCAACAUUCAUGGACCGACAAAGCCAUUGACUACAGGCACUGGGGCGUGCCGUUGAGUCGAAGAUUCAGGUCGUUGAAGGUCGGUCACAAAGUUUCAAAUGUUCAAAAGGCCAUUUGGCAUUGGAAUUUGUUACUCUUUGAGGCCUUGUAAAAUAUUUUUUAUCCGAUUAAUUCUGCAAUUAUUAAUUAACCUCAAAACUGUUUCAGCUGUGGUUCGUCAUUCGUAUGUAUGGUGUGGAAGGAUUGCAAAAAUACAUUCGUAAUCACGUCCGGUUGGCGAAAAAGUUUGAAGCCCUCUUACGCGCCGACGACAUGUUCGAGAUAAUCGGGGAUGUUCACGUUGCCUUGGUCUGUUUCCGACUCAAGGGCUCCGAUGAACUCAACCAAAAACUACUUACAAAACUCAACUCGAGUGGUCGGAUUCAUAUGGUACCGGCCUCGUUGAACGACCGGUUUGUGAUCCGGUUCUGUGUCUGUCAUGAGCAUGCAAAUGAACAUGACAUUAUGACAGCAUAUGACAUUAUAAAACACGUCGCCGUGGGGCUACAAUGUAAGCAGAAUUAGGAGUGUAUAUUAUGAUUGAUGUCGUACUGUAAUUGGUCACUCGUUUUGUUGUUGUCAAAAUAGAGGCAUUUUUUACCCCGUGGCUUCAGUUGACAAUGCUCCGGAGCCCAUCGCUGAGAACUAUGAGUUGGAGAAGUUGGAAGAAGAGGAAUUUGUAAACCAAAUGAAAAUGCAAUCGUUUGAUGAUGAGGGAAGCAUCGGAUCUCCACGUUCAAACCCCGUUGGACAAUAUAGCAAUGAAAGCUUGCCUUCAACAGGCCCGUCAACGGCGGGAUUGGAUCGCCAGACGCCUCCGGCUUACCCGACUGGCCCGAGUAUGUUUACAUCCGAAUCUAGUUAUUAUUAAUUUUCCAUUGUGCAACUUUCAGACCCUCAAAGUUGCACAAUCGCAACGGCCGCGGCGAACCAAGGCAUCGGGAAUCGCGCUCGUUUUGGCCAAACGUUAGCCGAAAAACGUUCUUUCCUUGUUCGGAUGGUGAGCGACCCCAAAUGCUACAAUCCAAAGAUUGUUCGUCAUUUGAAUAUGCGUAAUCAUAAGCAAAUGUCGCAAGAUAUGUUCCGUGAUCGGGCCAUUCGGCAGUCCAUGGAAGUCGGCUCCAGUGGAGGAAAAGGAAAAUUCCCGCAAAAAUGUAAGAAACAAAUUUUGUUGCCUUUCAUUGCUUGCUUCUUUUUAGUCAGUCAAUACAGUAUUGAUAAUCCGUCGGAUGAGGAUGAAUACGUGAGUACGGUAGCACCAAAUCCGACUGGACUUCAAACGCCGAUGUAA